AUGUACGAUUUCUUUGCAGAAGACUAUUGGAAGCCAAAGCCAAACACCCGCUUCAUGGUCUUGACUGGCCAGGCAAAACAAAUCGACGUCUUAUUUCCUGACAUUACCUCCGACUACUAUACCGACAACAAGGACAUCACGGCGUUUGUUGAGCGACGCUUCGGUGUCGUGACCGAACGUCCAGCGAAGCGGCCAAGGAUCUCCGCACCAACAUUGGGUGCGGCUGCUAAGGUCAAAAUUGAGACACUGAUGGCAAGCGCCCCAGCCUUGUCGCGAGACUGGGAUGCCUUAACUGUCUGCUUGGAAAACGAUGAACCAAGUAUGCAAGAGGUCAGGCAGUUACUCUCCAAAGUACAUCCAUUCAUUGCCAGCGCGGAGGUACUACAUGCAAACGCGAGUGAGGGUAAGGGCAGCCUGGAAGACGUCUUGAGGAUUGUGCACAGAGCCGUCGGCCUUAACCCACAGCUUGCGCUGAUCAGACACGAGAAGAAUUGGACGUCGCAGAAGACUGUGUUUUCUCAAUUUGGCCAGUCGGUAGAGCAAGCUAUGGAGGACAUCGGUGUACUCAGACCCGUCAAGAAUGGUCUUAGAUACGCGCUUCCCUACAUCGAAAUCUUGGAAAAGUCUUCAUUAAUCCAAGACCAAAUCAAGAUCUACAAUAAGAUCGAGCAACUAUUGAAGGACGAUACUGAAAAGGCUUGA